AUGCCCGCCGGAGAUAGUGCGGCGGCACAGACGUCAGUCAGCCAACACGACCCAUAUCCACACCCGACGGCGGUCAAGCUCAAUGUAGGAAGUACCAAGUCGCUGGCCGAACAGUGUGCGCGCGUGCACGAGCGCGUGUAUGCAUUCCUUGCACGACCACCGCGUACAAAGCGCGUGGAGCAGGCGCAACGACAGACCCGGGAGAGCCUGGCAGUGAUUGGGGAGGCGCUGCAGCGAUACAGCCUCGAUGCCUUGUCGUUCUCCUACAACGGUGGCAAGGAUUGUCUCGUUCUAUUGAUCCUCUACCUCGCCGCCUUGCACACGGACGCUACCACGACGCAGAAUGCCCUACCUCCUACCCUCGAAAGCGUGUAUAUUGUCACUCCUAAUCCGUUUCCUGCUGUGACGACGUUUGUAGAGCGCACAGCGGCGGAAUACCACCUCUCUCUCACCCAGUACAACCAACCCAUGCGAGAGGCCUUCGCAUCUUAUCUCCAAGAGCACCCACAUAUAAAGGCCAUUUUCGUUGGAACACGGCGUACAGAUCCACAUGGAGCGAAACUCACACACUUUGAUCCUACGGAUCACGGAUGGCCGGCUUUUGUCCGGAUACACCCCGUCAUUGACUGGCAUUAUGCGGAUAUAUGGGGCUUUUUACGGGAAGUUGGCGUGGAAUAUUGCGAGCUUUACGAUCAGGGCUAUACAAGUUUAGGCGGGACGGACGAUACACACCCCAAUCCGGUACUCCAGGUAGAGGGUAAAGAGGGCGUGUUCAGGGCUGCAUGGGAAUUGGUAGAAGAUGACGAAGAGAGAUUGGGAAGAGAUCGAUGA